GACUAUUGCAAUUGCUAGGUUGUCGCGUCUUAAUAUGCCUUCUAUUCAAUUUACUUCGCUACACUUUGUUUUGUUUCAGAUAUGUGGUUUUAUAAUACUAGUCAAUUUUGGCUAUUCUGAGUGGACGGCUGAUAAGGAAGAUGGUCACUGUGUAAUGUAUGACCAGUGUGGGCAAGGCACGUUCGGCCAGGUCAACUGCCUAUAUAACGGGUCAGCACAGUUAUUGGUUAAUGAAGAGACAAUCAAGAUACUAAAAAAAAUAUGCCCCGAGUUCCAAGAUGAAGUAUAUCCACGCACGUGCUGCUCCAAGUUACAGGUAGAAAAACUACUAAAAGACCUAAAAUUUCCACGUCGCCUUGGAUUCGGUCGUUGUCCUUCCUGUAUUAGGAACUUCCAACAGAUGUUUUGUCAACUCACAUGUUCUCCUCGUCAGAGUAGAUUCCUUAGGGUCAUUGAAACCAAAGAGAACGACCACGGUCAAACCACAGUGGAGGAACUUGAAUAUUUCAUAUCUUUAAAGUACGCUGAGGAAUUAUUUAGUUCGUGUGAAAAUGUCGAAGGGAUUUUCCCAGGUACGUCUUUGCUAAAGGACAUGAUGUGUGGAAUAUGGGGCAGAAAAUGCAAUCCCCAGAGAUGGCUAGAAUUCAUGGGGUCCACUCCUAAAAACUUUGGGUUCUCUCCUUUCCAAAUCAAUUAUGUUCUACUGAAUGAAACUGAAAACGACAUUGACGGCCAACUUUUUUACCCUAUGAAUGAGAAGACAACAAAGUGUUCGGAGCCAUCCGAGCUAGAGGGAGAGGCUUGUCUUUGUAAAGACUGUCCUCUAGUCUGCAACUCUUCAUGAUGUACUUGAAAAGUAUCACUCUACACCUCAUGGAGGUAAGAACACCUUAACUCCAUGAUCCAACUGCUCUGAGGGAGAGCCAUAUAUCAUUCAUUUAAUUCACUGAACAACUUUUUUUAAAAAUUGAGUUUUUAAUUUCUACUUUUGUUGUGCUAUGUUGAAAAAUUACCAGAUGCUAAAAAACAAGAUUUAAAGGAAAUGUACUGAAUUAUGUUUUUAACACACACAGAUAUAUAUAGAUAUAUUCCAGGUAUUUUAAUGAUCAUAAUUAAGAUAAUUAUUAGUAUGUCACAUUUGUACCAAAUAAAACUACCCCUGAAAGCAAUAUGUAU